UUCAAUAUGCCGAUCCAAUCGAAAUCUGCGAAAAACUUUGUUAAAACCCAAGCUAGGACGAAUUACAUCAAUGAUUUGCCCGCGAGACAGCAUCGUCCGGGAGUUUACAAUCGUCAUCACCCUCAAGAGUGCGACCUGAUGCUUCGAUGGAGACCCAUCCAUCUUCAACGCGAUGACCCGUAUGAAGGCAAAAACGUAGUCCGUAUCAUGAACAAGGAUAAUAUUCGUAACCUACUCAUUCCUAGCAACGAAUCAUCUGUGUACCCUGCUUUCUGGUCCAAAGAGGACUACGAAAAGAUGCAGGACAAAGCUAAGUUAAAGACCCUAGAAGAUCGAUUGGCUCAGUUUAAAGCAAACGAGGUGGAGAAAAAGAAUAUGCUAGAAGAGUCGGAAAAACGCAAGAAACGUCUGCAGGAAAUUGAUCGCGAACGGCAACAGAAAGGUGGAAAGGUGGGCAACAUUCUCGAGGACGGUGAUGGUGACCGGGACUCCGAUACGAGUCCCCGGAAAAUAAUCGAUCGUGCGUUCCUGGCUAAACAAGAGCAAGAGGAGGAAGUGAAACGAGCCAAUCGCAUCAUUUUAGCUGCCAAAUGUCACAUCAUUAGGGAUGCCCAGAUAGCGGAAAAGCAGGAAAUCGAGCGUGAAUUACGCACGGAAGAACUGCGCCUCGAGAAAAUGAUGUUGCAGGAAAAUGAAAAGGCGUUAAAAGAGGAGGAAAAGAAGCGAGAGGUCAACAAAGUGCUAACCACCCAACAUUCGGAAGAGAUCCGCAAUCAGUUGCUUGAACGGGAAAAAAUGCGUCUCAAGGAGGCGGAACGUAUCGAGGAGGAGGCACGAGUUCUGAAGCAGGCCCAAAUGGCUCUAGCCGAAGAGGAAAAACGAAAGGAAAAGGAGCGGCACGAUCGCAUCAACCAGGUACGGGACGGGCUGAAGAAAGCGUAUGAGCUGUCCGCACACUACAAGCAGGUCGAGUUUGAAGAGCAACGCAUUGCUGAGCUCAAAAUUCAAGAGUACAUGCGUCAGCGAAUGGAACGCCAGAAGAAGCUCGAGUUUGAGCGCAAAAUUGCUGCCGAGGUGCGGGAAAAGGAGCAUGAUCGAAUGCUCAAGAUUCAGCAAAAGUUACUCGAUACCAAGUCGGAGAAAAAUGACAUGGAUUUGCGCCGGGGACAAGAACACAUAGAACGAGAAUUUCGGCGUCGCGAGAAAGAAGCGGCCAUCAAAAAGAAAGAACUUGAACAACAGCUAGCUGUAGCGCGAGCCGCCCAAUUAGAAGCAGUAAAAACUGAACGUGCAAUGCAACUGGCCCGCGAUGAGCUAGAGCAUAAAAAAGCGAUUGAAAAGCUUAAAAUUGAGGAAGCCAAAGAGAUGGAGCAAAAACGUAAACAGCUCAAACUGCGGGAAAGAUAUCGUGAAGAGAUAAUCCAACAAAUGAACCUUAAAGAGCUGGAGCGUCGGGAAAAGGAACGUAUUGCUAGAAACGAACAGCAAGCCUUACUGGAGGCAGAGAAGAAACGUGAUAAGAACAUCAAAUCGAUUAUUUCUAACAAAAUCAAGAUGAUGAAAGAAAGCCAGGUUCCGGAACGAUUCAUCAAGGAUGUCGAACGACAACUUAAUCUUGGAAAAUGAACUGACACGUGAUGCAAGUGCGCUAUGUAGAUUUGUGUGUAUG